CAUAUCAGUGCAUGUCCGCGAAAAGAGGGAUUUAGGUGAUAUAAUUAGGUCCAAAAUGUAAUUAUUCAAAAAUAUUAAUAGGAAUAAGGAAAUAAAAUGCUCGCCCCCGGGAUGGUGAGGGGUGUUAUUGGGCGGAGCUACGCGGCGGCCGUCGGUUGAGACACUGCCGACUGUAAAGAUUUCCAGCUUAGGCGAAGAGAGAGAGAGAGAGAGCAAAAUAGUUGAAGAGUUCCAUAUAUCAGAAUUGAAACGGGGAACCGUUGUAAAUUACUGAUAUGAACAGGAAGCAGAGGGCGAAAGAAAGGAGGGAGAAGAGGCGCGAAGAUAUCUCUCUCCUUCGUACAAUUCCAUAUUCUGAUCACGAGAGAUGGUGGACUUCCGACACUGUUGCAGUGGUGACUGGUGCAAAUAGGGGAAUCGGGUUUGAGAUUGCGCACCAACUUGCAUUUCAUGGAUUGACAGUUAUUCUCACCUCGCGAGUGACUGGUGUUGGAGAAGAAGCAGCAAAAGUAUUACAAGAAGGAGGUCUGAGUGUGGUGUUCCACCAACUAGAUAUUGUGGAUCCUUCAUCAAUUGAAGCAUUUUCUAAAUGGAUAAAGGAAACUUAUGGUGGUAUAGAUAUAGUGGUAAACAACGCAGGAGUGAACUUCAAUGCCGGGUCAGACAAUUCAGUGGAAUUUGCUGAAAAAGUUAUUGCCACCAACUACUAUGGGACAAAAAACAUGAUCAAAGCCAUGAUCCCUCUAAUGAGACCUUCAGAUUCAGGUGCUCGUAUUGUUAACGUGAGUUCAAGAUUGGGAAGAUUGAAUGGGCGCCGGAAUAGAAUUGGAAAUAUAGAUUUGAGAAAGAAGCUGGAAGAUGAUGAAUCGCUAUCUGAGGAGUUGAUCGACCAGACAAUGAAUACAUUCUUAGAACAAGUAAAAGACGGCAGUUGGAAAGAGGGUGGAUGGCCCCAAGUUUUUACAGACUAUUCUUUGUCAAAAUUAGCAGUUAACGCUUACACAAGGCUGAUGUGGAGGACACUCUCGGAGCGGCCAGAAGGCCACAAGAUCUAUGUCACCUGCUGCUGUCCCGGUUGGGUGAAGACCGCUAUGACUGGGUGGGCAGGGCAUACUAACCCUGAGGAAGGGGCUGAUACUGCAGUGUGGCUUGCCCUGCUUCCAGGUCCAUCCAUAAGCGGCAAGUUUUUUGCUGAGAGGCGUGAGAUAAAUUUCUAAAUCAGGAGCUGAUACAUUCCGGUUGCAUUUCAUCAUCGACAGAAUGGACAAGAGAUGAAGAAAAUCUGCUUGCAGCAAACUUAUUCAACAUGCUUUAACUUUUCAGCAAUUAGCUGCUCAGCUGAUCUGCUGAAGGAAGUGAGGAAUUGGUGGUUGGGAAGAUGACUUGUGCCGACUUCUGACUUAAUAUAGUCUCACAAGGGAUGCGAGUAAUGGUCAGCUAUUUGCAUUACAUCCUAUAAGGCCUAAAAUUUGGCAUCCCUCUCGUGUUUGCUUCAGGAACACAAAGCAAUGCGUUAGGACAGACCGACAACUUUUUGGGUGCUUUUUGGUAUUUUGAAACUUACAUUUGCUUUGGCAUUACAUUAACGAAUUCGAUGCAAGUCUUGCAGUAUCACUUAUUGGCAAAACUUCACCUCUUAAAACAAUGAUUUUCCCCUUGUGUGAUGAUUCAAUCAGAACACGAUGAUUUUGUAAAGUGAAAUGAGUAACACGUUGUCAUGUAUGAUAUAA